AUGGUUCCUAAGGUUUUUCGUUUACGUUGGGAGCUUCGGCGAGAGCCCCACACUCCGGCCUUCAAGCUGUCGCUGCGCCUGCUUCCUGCCCUCAUCGCAGACAACGAUGAGGAUGAUGAUGGCAAUUUUACCAAAUGGAUGAGCAGUUACUGGGGCCACGGAGCUGGAAAUGAUCAUGCCAAAGACAGAAGAAGGAGCUUCAGAAGGUCUACCUGCUCCACAACUGACCGGCGGGCUUCACUUCCCUGUAUGUCCCAGCUGGAGGCCAUGCAGUUGAAGCUUCACAGUGGCAACACAGCUUCUGCUCCCGUUCAUCUGAAAAGCCACAAGGAAAAGGAAGUGCGCACUCACCCUCAUGCUCGCCGUGUAGCGUCAGAUGAAUAUGCCCAGGCCAAGACAGGGGGCACAGGGUAUCAAAGAAACACCGAUCCUGAGUUAAGCGAGUCCUUUCAGAGGGUUUUGCGUCUCCGCAAUCACAGAAUCAUGUCACUGGUAAGGAGACUGGAGCAAGGUGCUCGUCCACGAAGUGGGAGUUCUGAUGCCUGUGGUAGCAGGAAGGAGGUUCCAUUCUGCAUUGAACAAGAAGAAUACCACCUGCCCCGCCAACGAUUCUCAUUACGUAGACACCGCUGA